GGAAGCGCAGCGCCGUGCCCUGAUAGCGGGCCUAGGCCACCCGGCCCUUCUCGGCCUCUCCCGACUUGGAAUCUGCGAGCCGUUCUCUUCACCUCCCCGAAGCGGGAGCAGGAGCAGAUGCUGCGAGUCCGGGCGGGGUCUCCGGAACGCACUCCCCGGAGCCCCAGCGGCUGGGCCGGGUCAUGAGCCUCCUGGGCAGCCUCGCCUCCUCUCCUCUUUCCCCUCUGCAAGCGAGCAAGCCCAGAAUGAAAAAGCCCCCAAAGAAGAGUCAGAACGAGAAGUACCGGCUGAAGUACCUCCGGCUGCGUAAGGCAGCCAAGGCCACAGUGUUUGAAAAUGCAGCUAUUUGUGAUGAAAUUGCCCGCCUUGAGGAGAAGUUUAUCAAAGCAAAAGAAGAAAGAAGGUACCUCCUGAAAAAGCUACUCCAGCUACAAACUCUGACUGAAGGGGAGACCCAGACUGUAGCUACCACCCACAGUUCUAACCUGCCUUUGAGUUAUGGUGUGGCCACCUCUGUGGGUCCUAUUCAAGGAGCUGGAUCUAUUCCUGUAUCCAGCUCUGUGGUUGAAGAGCAAUUUGGGAAGAAACCCAAGAAGGAGAAAAAAGAAAAAGGAAAAGAAAACAACAAAGUUGAAGUUCUGAAGAAAGCAUCCAAGAAAAAGAAAAUGGAGGGAGGUGCUCGCAAGCUGGUUCAGCCCAUUGCCCUGGAUCCCUCAGGACGGCCUGUGUUUCCCAUCGGACUAGGGGGUCUAACAGUUUAUAGCCUAGGGGAGAUCAUCACUGAUCGGCCUGGCUUCCAUGAUGAGGGAGCUAUCUACCCUGUGGGAUUCUGCAGUACCAGAGUGUAUGCCAGCAUGAAGUGCCCAGACCAGAAGUGUUUGUACACCUGUCAAAUCAAGGAUGGUGGUAUGCAGCCCCAGUUUGAGAUUGUACCUGAGGAUGACCCUGAGAAUGCUAUUGUGGGCUCUUCUGCAAAUGCCUGUCAUGCUGAGCUACUCAAGACCAUCAGUGCAGCUCGGGGGAAGCUACUUCCCAGUGUGCUUCCAUCUGGAGCUGAUUUCUUUGGAUUUUCUCAUCCAACCAUUCACAACCUGAUCCAGAGUUGUCCAGGAGCUCGGAAAUGUAUUAAUUACCAGUGGGUGAAGUUUGAUGUGUGUAAACCUGGGGAUGGUCAGGUCCCCCAGGGGUUACCAGAGAAUGAUGCCACUAUGAACUUUGAGGCCUUUCAGAGACAGACCUUUAAAGAAGAUCAGAACGACGAUCCCAUUUUGCCAGGAUCUCUGGAUCUCCCCGGGCUUCAGCCUGCAUCAUUUGUGUCAUCCUAUCAACCUAUGUUCCUGACACAUGAGCCCCUGCCAGCCACUCACCUGCAGCACAUUAAUUCUCCAUCCCAAUGCAGUCCAGCCCAGUCCUCAGACUGAACAAGGCAGCCAAGACUAUACCAGGUUUAUCGUGGUGAAAUUUUAAAGUUAAAACUUAGAACAUAUGAAAGGAGCAGGACCCAGCCAUAGUGACAGAAGCAUUAACAUCCUUUAUCAUUGUAUGAUAGAAGAUCUGUUGGCAGUGAUUUUCCCUGGUGAAGAUUUGGCUGUUUUUAUCUUUUGUAAUAAACUUUUCUUGUCAAUUCUA